AUGGCCACGCAGAGCAAACAAAGUCUUGAAUGUGUGGAAGACCUCUCCCCUGUUGGCACAACCGAGAAGAGGUCGUAUAUUCCGCUGUGGCAAUCACUAAAGAAGUGGCCUAGAAUCGUGGGCUAUUGUCUCGCCUUGAGUUCCGCGAUUCUGCUCUAUGGGUAUGACCUCGUCAUCGUGGGAACAGUGGCCGCGAUGCCUCAAUUCCAGCUCGUAUUCGGACAAGAGCUGGACGGCAAAUACAUCAUCCCGUCGAUGUGGCUCUCUCUUUGGAACGUAUCUAGUUGUAUCGGCAUGAUGAUCGGCUCUAUUCUCGGUGGCUAUUAUCAAGAUCGUCGCGGUCGACGUCUGACGCUUGCAAUAGGCAGCUUCCUGUCUGCAAUUGCGAUCGCGAUAUGCUAUAUAUCGGAUCUACCCGAUAGUAUCGAAUCGCGUCGAGGUGUGUUCUUCGCUGGUAAGCUCUUUCAAGGAAUCUGUAUUGGAAUUCUCCUGUGCGUUACGCAGACAUACAUGUCUGAAGUUCUUCCCGUGGUUCUGAGGGGACCUAUAAUUGCUUUCUAUCCGAUCUUCACACUACUCGGCCAGCUGGUUGGAUCUAUUGUGGUCUAUACUUCGCUCAAGCACGUGGGCCGCGAAUCAUAUCGUAUUUGCUUUGCGUCGCAGUGGCCGUUCUCGGCUGUGCCUUUUGUGCUGGCGGCUAUAUUACCAGAGAGUCCAACUUGGCUUCUGAGAAAAGGGAGAGCGGAAGCAGCUUUGAAGGCACAGAAGAAGCUGAACACGCCAAGUAUUGACUCGCAGGCUGUUAUUGAAGAGUUGCAGGCUUCUAUUCUGGCCGAACAGGAGGAGAAAGACACGCACACAUACAUUGACUGCUUCAGAGGAGCGAACGCCCGGCGAACCUGGAUUGUUGCUUUUGCGAGCUUGUUGCCGCAGAUGUUUGGACUGCAGCUCCUGGCCAAUGCCUCUUAUUUUAUGCAGAUCGUGGGAAUGAGCUCGACGAAUAGUUUGAUCUUUUUGAUUUUAGGGAUUGGGCUAGGUUUGAUUGCUAAUGUGGUUAGUCUCUGGACAUUGAAUGCCUUUGGCAGACGUUCGCUCAUUUUGGGAACACUGGGUGCUGCUAUGGUGCUCUGGCUAGCAAUGGGGAUUGCAGGGUGCUUUACUGGCACCGUAAUGAUCUGGUACACAUCCAUCACCAUGAUGGUCGUUACUAUGGUCUCCGGUCUUGGGACCUGGCCUGCAGCGCACGUUGUCGCAUCUGAGACAUCGUCCCUGCAACUCCGAGCCAAAGCGCAAGGCAUUGGUUGGUUUACUUCCGGAGUUGGCACAGGUGUCUUCGCGAUCAUCUUGCCAUACAUUUACAACGCGGAUGAAGGAAACCUGCGAGCCAAGACUGGAUUUGUUAUGGCUGGAUUCGCUGCGGUCGGAAUCAUCAUUUCAUGGCUAUCUGUUCCGGAGAUGAAAGGUCGAACGCCUAUGGAGAUUGAUCGUAUGUUCGCGCUGAGACUACCGACUCGAGCGUUCAAGCGUUGGGAAAGUGAUGUUGUUGUUGCGAAAGAGACUGAACAGCCUAGUCGACCGAUUUAA